GGCUGAGGGCCGCUCCCAGAGCCGCGACCAUGGCAGGUGAGAACUACCCCGGCUUCCUUCCACCCUUCGAGCGCUUCGCCACCCAUGCCAUCCACGUCGGGCAGGAGCCCGAGCAGUGGAGUUCCUGGGCCGUGGUUCCGCCCAUCACGCUCUCCACCGUCUUCAAGCAGGAGGCACCCGGGAAGAACAAGGGUUAUGAAUACACCAGGUUUGGGAAUCCGAACCGUCAUGUCCUGGAAACAGUUGCAGCCGCCCUCGAUGGAGCCAAUUACUGUUUGGCUUUUUCUUCUGGUAUGGGAGCAAUUCUGAACAUCUGUCACCUGCUGAAGACAGGGGACAAAAUUGUCAGCAUGGAUGAGGUCUAUGAAGGCACAAGAGAAUUAUUUGAGAAAAUAAAAGAGGAGUAUAAUUUGAAAGUGGAUUAUGUUGACUGCACAGACCUAAAAGAGCUGGAAGCUGCAAUUACACCAGACACCAAGCUGGUUUGGCUCGAGACCCCCACCAACCCCACGCUGAAGGUGAUCGACAUCCAAGCCUGCGCAGACGUGGCACACAGGCAGCCAGGGGUGCUGCUGGCAGUGGACAACAGCUUCAUGUCUGCCUACUUCCAGCGUCCUUUGUCCCUGGGGGCUGAUAUUUGUGUGUCUUCUGCAACCAAGUACAUGAAUGGGCACAGCGAUGUUCUCAUGGGCCUGGUGUCUGUAAACCGGGAUGAUCUCUAUGAGAGGCUCAAAUUCCUGCAGAUCCCCCUGGGAGCUGUCCCCUCUCCCUUUGACUGUUUCCUCUGCAACCGGGGGCUCAAGACUCUGCACAUCCGGAUGAAGCUGCACUUCCACAACGGCCUGGCUGUGGCUGAGUUCCUGGAAUCCCGUCCCCGGGUGGAGAAGGUCAUUUACCCAGGGUUGCCUUCCCACCCCCAGUACCAUGUGAUGCAGAAGCAGUGCACAGGCUGUCCUGGGAUGAUCACCUUCUACAUCAAAGGGGAAAAAGAAAAUGCCGUUGCCUUCCUCAAGAGCCUGAAGGUAAAGGAAUAAAAUCAACUUCAGAGGGAGCUGAACCUGCCCUGCUGAGGGGAGGCUGGAAGUGGCUUUUCCUGCCAAGUGCUGUGUGUGUGCCCCUCUCAAACCACGGAUAAUUUGUCCAUGGGGGUUAAUGAGAGGGAACAAAGGGACACCUCAGCCCCUUGGAAGUGUUUGUUUGCUCGCA